AUGGGAUCAUUCCCAUGGGAUCAUCCCGACGGAUCCGUGCCUUGCGCCCGCAGCUGCGGGCCCUGCCUCCGGAUAGCGCCGGCCUUCAGCUCCCUGAGCACCAAGUACCCGCAGGCGGCGUUCCUGGAGGUGGACGUGCACCAGUGCCAGGGAACGGCGGCCAGCAACAACAUCGCGGCCACGCCGACGUUCCUCUUCUUCCGGAAUAAAGUCCGCGUGGAUCAGUACCAGGGAGCCGAUCCCAUGGGAUUGGAGGAGAAGAUCAAGCAGCACCUGGAGAACGAGGCCGGCGACGGAGAGGCCGCCGACAUUCCCAAGGGAUACAUGGAUUUGCUGCCCUUCGUGAACCGAGCGGGAUGCGAGUGCCUCAACGAGAGCGACGAGCACGGCUUCGAGAACUGCCUCCGGAAGGACGCUUCCUACCUGGAAUCCGACUGCGACGAGCAGCUCCUCAUGACCGUGGCCUUCAGCCAGCCCGUGAAGCUGUACUCCAUGAAAUUCCAAGGGCCGGAUAACGGCCAAGGCCCCAAAUGCGUGAAGCUCUUCAUCAACCUCCCGCGCUCCAUGGACUUUGCGGAAGCGGAGCGGAGCGAGCCCACGCAGGCGCUGGAGCUGAGCCCCGAGGACAUCCGCGAGGCCGGGAGCAUCCCGCUGCGCUACGUCAAGUUCCAGAACGUCAACAGCGUCACCCUCUUUGUGCAGUCCAACCACGGCGCCGAGGCCACGACGCGCGUCACCUACUUCACCUUCAUCGGCACCCCCGUGCAGGCCACCAACAUGAACGACUUCAAGCGCGUGAGUCCCCGAUCCCGAUCCCAUUCCCGGCUUUUCCCAACCUCGGGAACGCUCGGAGGCGCCCGGGUUCCGCGCCGGACGGCCGGGAGGCGAAGGGCAUGGAAGCGGGAAGAGAUCG